GAGCUUUGGAGUAAAGGACCCGACAGAAGCCUCAUAUGCUUAACAGCUGAUUGGCUGCUGCUACCGUCCAUCUUUCUGAACUUCAGCAAAGAGGAAUCCCUUAAAGAACACGAGACUUGUCAAAAUGAACUUGUCGUAUCUAGUAGCUUGUGGACUUAUGGUCACCCUGCUUUCUGUGAGGAUGGGGGCAAAGCCAUUAUCCCAGGCUCAGCAGAAGUCUCUUAGAGGCUUGCUGGGCGAGGAGCUGGCGGAGUUUCUAGAGUCGGAGGAGAGGGAGAAACGGCUAGAUGCUGUGCGCUCUCGGUUACGGUUACUGCGAGAUUUACGCAUGGACACCCGGGCCAGAGGGAUGUGGGCUCGUCUCCUUAACGACCAACCCGCUCCUAGAAGACACAAAACGGGAAACAAGAAAGGGGGCUCUACUCGGAGUGGCUGCUUCGGGCACAAGAUGGACAGGAUAGGAACCAUUAGUGGCAUGGGUUGCUAGGCUUGGAGCAGUGCUGUGAAGAUCUAUGGAUGAUGGGUUUGGACAACAAAAGGUUCGCCUUGUUCUCACCUAUGGGGAAAAAUGCACCAAAUGACAGAUUUUUGGUACGAAUCUCACCACAGCCAGCAUUACCGUAACAAAGACUGAGAUGAAUGACAUAUAUAUUGUAUUUAAUUUUUUUUUUUAACGACAUGGUCAAUAGAUACAGACACAGGUGCAUGUGUCAAUGCAUACUACAAAAUGGUGGACAAUGGUGUAGAAACUGCAAACUGCAAAGCUGUAUAUUGCUGCUGCUGUACAUUCAUGUACUUCA